AGACACACACACGCCUACCUGCUGUGAGGCGAGCUGAAGUUUCCUUUUAAAUAAACAUGGCUAACUGGAUUGUGAACCAUGGACUGGAAACCUUUAUUUUGGUGGUCUGGAUGGGCAUCAACAUCUUCUUGUUUAUUCACUUUUAUAUGUUCUAUGAUGUGGGGCCUGAGUACUUCUACACCCGUGUGCUGAUCGGGUCUGCACUCUCCUGGGCAAGAGCUCCUGCUGCUGUUCUCAACUUUAACUGCAUGCUCAUCCUCCUGCCUGUGUGUCGCAACCUGCUGUCUCUGAUCCGUGGUUCCUUCAUGGUAAGUUAUUUGGGUCUGACUGAUCAUGCAUUAUUUUUGCCUGCAUCAAUGUCUUCUGCUGGUCGGCUGUGCAGUUGAACUUGGCCGAGCAGGAACUGAUCGAGAAGCACCCUCGCUGGAGCCGCCUGGCUGCUUACUAUACAUUGCGCUUCAUCGAAAAUGUGGCUCUUAUUGUUGCCUGGUACUUCUUUAAGUCAGACUUUUAUGAGUAUGUGUGUGCACCACUGCUUGUUGUGCAACUGAUUAUAUGCUAUAGCCUUGCUGUGCUCUUUAUGCUGCUCUUCUACCAGUUCUGCCACCCAGCACGCAAACUCUUCAAACAUAACGUGGAAGACUGCCUGCGUUGUGCUUGCUGCUGGAGAAAAGAGCACACGCUGGUUCCACAGGUCCCACCAACCCCAGACUUCACUGUUCAUUCGGAGGUACGAGAAACCGAUAUCUUGGAGGACAUGGAGGCAGCUUGAGCUGCUCCUGUAAUUCAUUUGGUCAGAUUUGGUUCCCCUAAGCCUAGCAUAUUUGCACGAAUCCAUGAUCAGGAAGAUGAUGUGAGCCUGGCAAUAUGAGCUAUAGAGAAACUGCUGUAAUUCAUGUUAAGAACAAAUCUUGUGCGAUUCCAAGAGUUUCUUCAGCAUGGCUAUUUUGAAUUGCUUUGAAAUAGACUUUGAACAAAAAAGCCUCUCUACUCUAAUUUUAGACUUCACUACUUUGGUGUGCACUGGCAGAUAAUGAGAUUGUGAUGAGCUUUUUUUUUGGAUGCUACAUACCAAAGAAUGUCUCAAAGAAUGAGAUGAUUCACAAAGAGAAACUGAACUGUUAAUACUAAGCCCAGGUGUGUUGGAAACAGGCCACAAGUGUGACUCAAGAAUGGAGUUUACGUGAUAAUUUGGGGCAUUCCCUGCUUUAGGUAAAAACACAAGCCAGCUAUUCAUUCCCCUUAAGUGCACUUUGAAACUUGCAUAUCACAGAGAUAAGCUGGGAGGCCUCCUAUCAAAAUCAUUUUCCUGUAAGUUAUGGAGGAAGGCAAACACUUUAGGUGUGACAUUUACCUCGGUUUUAAGUCACUUUAGAGUUCCUGCUUAAAUAAAAUCAGGAAGAUGUCUGUUCAUAUUAACGAUUUUAAGUGCUAAAAAAAUAUCAUCGUAACUUUGAGGGAAUUUGUUUUGCUUGUUUUGUGCCUGAAUUAUGUGCCUCUGCCGAUUGUAACUUGAAAAUAUUAAUAAAAUAUUUUGAGUGUCUAA